AGUGAGAGAGAGAAAGAUAAACGGAGAGAAAGAAAAUGAGAGAAGAAUAAGAGAAGGAGAGCACGAACACGGACGACGGUCACAUGGCCACGUUCGAGUCUUCCUCUUCUUCUUCUGGCCCGACUGUCAGUAUUCCGUGAAGUGUUGUGCCGUGCUUGCGUGCAGUGCCGUUUUCCUUCAUCAUUUAAACGACGACCCUGAAGACGAGCAGCUAGCUAAUCGAAUAAUAACGUUUUAAACGUUGUUAAUUUGUGUUCAUUCGACUCGAGAAAUCACCUUUGAUUUUAUCUCAGUUGGGAUUAAUAACGUUAGGAAGGACAGGUGUACGAACAAUUGUGGAUGUGUUGAGAAGGAGAUAAAAAAUUUAAAAAAAAAAAAAAAGAAAGAAAGAAAAAAAUAAAUUAGAUUAGUAAAGGAAUACAGAUAAUGAUCCUGAGACGUUGACAGGUGAAUAUUAAAGAAUUUCAAGGAAGGUGGUCCAGGAUUGGUCGAAGAGGAUAGGAGGUCAUCAUGGCAGUCGACAACCCCUCGUAUUUCUCGUUGUCGGUGUCAACGUCGUCGACGGGCACGACGACGACACCAUCGUCAAUUUGUCCAUCCUCAUCGACGAAUCACACGCACCGUAGACACCCUGGCUUGACGGGUCUAUUUCGACGUCGGCCUACCUGCAAAAUGGGUGCCACGUCUUCUACUAGCGUGACAUCAGCUUCGACAGCAAGUACUUCAACAAAUCAUCAGGAAUCAUCUAGUCAUCGAAUUAGUGGAUCCAGUGGAUCAACACCGUCAACGCCAACUGAAGAAAGGGUACCUAUGUUGUCUAGAAACGUAGGAAACGGUGCUACAUCCGGUCCGUUUAAUCAAAGAAGAAGCUUUAGAAAUUUAUUUAGAUCCGUAAGUGCCAAUGAUCACGAAAGGACCCAACAAUUUCUCAAAGGUGAUCCUAGACCUUCGGAUGUCGCACCAACUUAUUUACCUCACAGAUCACAUUCACACUCCGAGAACGACAGACGUCGUCCUGCUCGUAAUAGACGAGUCCUCAAAUCAGCUAGUGAGCUUCUUUCAAAUGAUAUGGUUUACUGUGGACUUUCCGGUGAUGGUAACGACCACGACGACGAUGACGAUGAAGAUUCCGCGGAAGAAGUAUUCCUUGGUGUUGAUGAUGCAAAGUAUUACAAUUUGUCAUCAACCUUGCCGUCACCGGGAUCAGCGGCGUCAGGUCAAAGAAGACACUCCGUUGGUACUUUUCUUGGAAAAGAUCGAAAUCAUUGUCCUGGAAGAAGACCUACUCAAACAGUUGAAGUUCUAGUAGAACCUAGUGUUAUGGCACCACCAAUACCAACCGAUGCAGUUGAUGGUAUCGUUCAUGCCGAUGACAGAAGGAACAGAUCAAAUGAUUGCAGAUUCAGGCGUAGAAGACACAGAAGUUCAUCCAGUAAAGGCUCUCGUUCAGCAACGGGUCUGACAAAAUUCGAUAGCAGUCCUGAAGAUGACGUAGUUUUUGUUUCCAGUAAGGAAAGCGAAUCUUCAGGUUUAUGGGUGAAUUAUCUUACUGCUUGCUUCGAGCAAAUCAGUCGACAACAGGGUCGGCCACCUUUUAAAGUGCGUCAUGUCGCGGUUGAAGAGUCACUUGCUCCAGGGACAGAAGAAAGGAUUAAGGGUGCUCGUUUGCAGAUUGUCGUAGUUUGUCCAAUCCUUUUAGAACGUGUUACAUGUAGACCAGAACAUGCAGCUAAUCUCUCGAGACAUUUAAUCAUCGAAAGAGUCCUAGCAAUGAUGCUGGGUGUGCAAGAUGGCGUCGUGACGGACACUCAUAAGUCAGCCCUGGUAUCGUAUAAUCAAUGGCGGAAGUUCUUCGUUAAGGAUCAGGAUGAAACUUUCGUUGGCGAGUUUCUAGGUGCUGCUAUUAGCAUUUUAGGCACUGCCCCACCUUCUACGCUUAGAAACGAUAAGACUGUUUUUUCCGUCCAUCCGAAAAAAGUCAAAAUUGGUCAAAAUCGAAUCAUAGCUCUGUUAAAUGAUCCAUUACAUCCGGAUGACAACGUAUCAGUUAUCGUUGAUCGUUGUGGAGAGGGUAUCGAUAUCCCUCACGUAAAAAGACGAAAUCCUUAUACUCUCCAAUUUUCCAUUCCUGAGAGAUGCCUUGAAGUAUCAAUGCUGGUAGGCGUUAGAAUAUCUAGGAAUGGUUGCCCACUCGGUGUUAGGCAGGUUAAAUGCGAGAGUAGACUGAGAGAACUGGAUCAAAUUCUCAGAGCUCAUGACAAUCCUCUUGAGUUUAUGUGUCAGACUUUCGGUUUCCAUCCCGGAGAUCGCGAGCAAUUGGACAAUUGGAUGGUGCACGCAUUUCAGAGGAAUGUCCCACCCCACUUUAACCUUUUAUCUACUCCAAACGAUAUUCUACCUACACCAAAAAAUCAUACAAAACGAUUAGUCGGUCCUGAAGAAAAUCCUACACUUUUGCACUUUGCCGCACGUUUCGGAUUAGAAAGAUUGGCCUGGCAAUUAUUGGAAUGUCCCGGAGGAGAUCUAGCUUGCGAUCUGAGAAACGUUUCUGAAUUGACACCUGCCGAUCUUGCGGAGCAAGCUGGCCAUACAAGAUUGGCACAUCAACUUCGUGGCUACAUGCAAAUGAACGAGUUCACCAACAUGUAUAGCUACCUGAAAGUAAUAAGUGAAAAUGCGUCGAGUCAGGCCACAGACAAUCAAUCGACAAAUGACAAAAGUAACGAAAAAACCAACGAAACGAACAACGACAAAACGAACGAAACUGAAGGUAACGAUGUUAACGAAAAUAAAUGUGAAAAUAAGAACAUCAAUGAGAAGAACAACGAUAGGAUUAACGAUCAAGAAGAUUACUGUCGUCCUCGACCUCUCAGUGAAGCUUAUUCGGUACCACCAGCUGCAAGACCAAUCACUAGUUUGAUUUUACCCACGCAAUUGAUGGCACCAUCUAACAUUAACUCGAACAAUCCCCUAGAAGCGAAUUACUCCAUUGUUCCAGCACCCACACCAGUAAUCAUCUCACCUACGACUCCAACGUUCAUCCCGAAUGGUCUCGACCUACAACUUCAAGGUUAUAUGAAGAUGCACCCUGCUGGACCUAAAACUCCUACAUUAAAUGGAACAUAUCAGGUACCUUCUCGAACGGCCACACCAACGCAAAAUCGAUUAGAUAGCCAAAGUUCUUAUCCAGGAGGACGUGAAGAUAGCCAGUGUUCAGUUUCCUGUGGAAGAACUUCCUCGAAUUCCAGUACAAGAUCAAAAGAACACUCGAGACCUCAGGAUGAGCUUCUUGAGAUUAUUAACGACUUCAAGAACAACGUCUUCACAAUAUCAGAAGUCGAGAGACUUGUUGAGAAUUGGAGAAACCGAAAUGACGUGCAACAGAGUUUCAAGGACAAGCAGAGGCAGCUGACUGCCAUGAGGGAGGAAUACGAGAGGAUACAGAAAAAGUUGAAAGAAGAGAUGAAAGCACCCACGCCUUUCGACAGAAUAAGAAAGUUCUUUUCAAAAGGGAAGAAAGAUCCCAAGGAUUCCACUAAUGGCACCGACGACUUCUCCCCAACAACAAAACCAGAAACCGUGAACGGAACCUUGGCAGAUCGUCGACCUGUCAGCAGCCUUAGCCUUGGCAGUGUUUCUAGUUCAUCGUCAUCUGGACGAAUGAGUACUGUCAGUGGUUGCAGUGGUACAAGCCUAGGUGAUAGUGGAACCCAUUCUGAUCCCGAAGACAAAAGAAUUCAAAAUAGAGGAGAUAAAGCUGGCGUAAUGUCUUACGAAAUACCACCAACACCAAAACCACUCGGUGGUACGUAUUCACCAGCUUUGCGGUAUUCUCCAUCACCUCGUUCUUCGACCGCAACAGACCUUGACCUUAGGCCAUCACAGCUACCAUUAAGAGCCGAGGACAACGAGUAUUAUAUUGCCUUUCCACCAUCGGGAUUACCCGUCCACUCUUUUAAGUCGGAUGGAUUACUGAGAGAACCUAUGACACCAGGCUCACCCAAUGAACAUCCUAAAUAUCUCGAACUUAAUCAAAACGUUAGCGGAAAGAAAUUAGAUGGAGACAACACGAAACAAUCCAAUACACAUAUAGAUCCAUCUUCGAUAAAUAUCACUUCGUCUAUUACACCUAUACCUCCUCCUGGAAUGUGCAUUCCUUCGAAUUAUGUCAAUACGAUGCCGGUAUGCGUCCUUUCGUCUUCGAACCAAACCACAAGGUCUCAUGACGCACUCCUGAAUGGUCUUGGCCGAUCUAUAGAAACAAAUUCCUCGAAUUCGAUCGAAGUCGAAGCCAUUAUCGAAUCUGUACCAUCGUCUAAUGAAGAUAACGUAUCCGUAGAGCAAAAUAAACUUCAUUCUGGUUCAGAAAAUAACGAGGAAUAUGUACAAACGGACGUUAAUAACGAAGACAGCAGUAAACUUCAUCACGAAUAUAUGAAUCUGGGAAUGAAUUCUCAAGACAUCGUAAAAAUCAUUGGCUCCAUUCCAAAGAAGUGGCCUGCUCCGCCUGUGCCACCACGAACCGUGACCAAAAAAUAGAAGACUACGAUUUUACUCUAGCAAGGAUGUAAAUAUAUUUUCAAUGUAAUUUUAUUUAAAAUUCUUUCAAAACACAUACGUGUGAACUUUGAUCAUUUUUGACCUAACAUAUCGUUUAAGAUAUAAAUAAAAUUAAUCUAUUAAUUUAAUCGACGUUAAUUAAGAUUUACUAAUUACUAUGUAUUUUUUUCACGCGAUUUAUAUAUUAAGAUAAAAAAUAUAUUAUAAACAGAUACAGUAACGAAUUAUAGUUGCAAAAUAUAACACGAAACUAGCCAUACAUUUGUUAUACGCGUUAAAUAAUCUUUCAUUUUACAAAAUACACAUUAUAAAUAACAUA